CUACUCCCCUCCCUUUUAGUUCCCUCUCUCUUUAUACUCCAAAGAAAACUCACACUUCAAGUGAGGCAAAAAGAUAUACAACAAGAAAGUUAGUUUUUCUUUUCUUUUCUUUUCUUUUGCAACUCUCUGGUAGCUAGAGAUGGAGGAGCACAAGUGUAACCUUUGCAGGUGGAACUCUAAAAAUUCACCGGAAGAAGACGGCGCUUACUGCUUGAUGAUGUUGUCUAGAGACAAAUGGUCCGGCAGCAAGGAAGAGAACUCCGAGGUUGUCGUUAAGGAGGGAGGAAAGACGAGGAGGAUGAAAUACAGAUGUGGCGGGAGUUGCAGAAAAGUGUUUAGAUCUUAUCAGGCACUUGGGGGACACAGAGCAAGUCACAAGAAGUUGUUGAUGAUCAAAGCCACCACCUCGGCCAGCCGUUGCCUCUCUGGUCCCACAGAGGUAGAGGAAAAUGGGAACGCUGAGAAAAUUCAUGAAUGCCCUUUCUGCAACAGAGUGUUUUCUUCUGGGCAAGCCUUAGGUGGUCAUAAGAGAUCUCACUUCACUUCAACUUCUUUUAUUUCUCCUUCUCCAAAAAAACUGUUCAACUUAGGCUUAAAUAAUUAGUACUAGCUAGUCUACUCCUAUAUCCAAAAGAUUUUGUUUGUAAUUGUUUUAGAAGGCUCAGAGUUCCCUGGAAAAGAGCCCAAGGCACUGCCAUGUACUUGUCUUUGGACACCCAAGUAUGUUUUUUCUUCAAGAACUCUAGUUCAAGUUCUUUGGACAUAUUCUCAUUGUUACAUGCAUACAAAAUGUGGAUUGUUGCAUUUCCAUCCAGGCUUUUGUGCUUCUUCUCAAGACCAGGCUAGGAAACAUUUUCCUUUUCUCACUUUAAGAAUCUGAUCAAUACAUACCUUAUUAGUA